AUGACACCUGAAGGAGAUUUAAAUCAAUCUCAGAGUCAAAAACUACCGGAUACCUGCCCCAUCUCUCAAGGCGAUUUAAGCCAACAAUUAUUUUGGUGUACGCCAAAUACUCAAAAACCAUGGGGAAGGUUGUAUCCCACCAAACCAGAUAUUCUAUCAUUGGAGCUGACAAACAAUGAGUACACUGUUGGACGUGGUCCUCAUUGCGAUCUUUCAAUUGGUAAUAAUUGUAAAGAAAAAGUUCAUGGUGCCUUCAGUAAAGUUCAUUUUAAAAUAAGAAAAAUAAAUAUAUCAAAAACAAAUCAAGAUGAUUUUAUUGUAUAUUUGGAUGAUCUCAGUUCGAAUGGAACAUAUAUAAAUGGCAAAAAAGUUGGAAAAGGAAAAAGUGCUAUAUUAGAAAACAAUAAUGAAAUAUCAUUGUGCUUCCCCCAUUACAAAGUUUUUAUAUACAUGAGUUCGAAUCUAGAGUCUGAUGUUAAAUUUUACCCAGAAGAAGUCACAACACAAUAUGCUAUAAGUAGAAUUCUCGGUUCUGGAGCUUUUGGACAAGUGAGAUUAGUUUUUGAAAAAAUUACAGGGAAACCAUUUGCAAUGAAAAUUAUUCAAAAGAAAAGAUUUUGUACUGAUACUAGACUUCAACUGAAUGAUUUAACAAGAACUAGAAGAGAAGUUAAUGUUUUAAAAGCUCUGUCAAAUUUUUUUAUUAUUAAAUUUGAAGAUGUAAUUGAAUCGAAAAAUCAUGUUUUUAUUUUGACUGAAUAUAUGGAAGGUGGAGAAUUGUUUGAUAGAGUAAAAAAUGGGCCUUUAAGAGAAGGUGAUGCUAAAUUGUAUUUUUUUCAACUUGCCAUGGCUGUAAAAUAUCUUCACGAUCACGAUAUCAUUCACAGGGACAUCAAGUUAGAAAACAUUUUGUUGUCUGCAAAAUCUUCUGAGUGCAUUAUUAAAUUGUCAGAUUUUGGAUUUUCAAAAUUUUUAGAUUCUGAAUCGGUCAUGAUGACUUAUUGUGGUACUCCCUUAUAUAUAGCUCCUGAAAUAUUAAAAAACAAAGGAAAAUCUGGAAGUUAUGAUAAACAAGUUGAUGUUUGGAGUAUGGGAGUUGUUUUGUACAUAUGUUUGAGCGGAGUGCCUCCAUUUCAGUCAUCCGAUACUCACAUACUCACUCAUCAAAUUUUAAACGGCCAAUAUAGCUUUUCCAACAGGCAUUGGGGUAAAAUAACCAGGAAAGCCAUUAAUCUAGUCAGGAAAAUGUUGACAUUAAAUCCUAAGCAUAGGAUUUCAACUGAAGAUAUUUUAAAUCAUGACUGGUUAAAAGUACAUAAAGUACAAAUAAAUAUUUCUGCAACUGAUAAUUCUGACAAUGAAAUAGAUUCAGAUUUAGAAAAUGAAAGAUCUCGCAAAAAACCAAAAAUGGGAAAUUACUAA